AUGGCAAAAAUUUACCCCUAUCACAACAAGGCCUUUGGCAAAAAGUACCCCUUUAUCCAACAGAGGCCUGGCAAAAAGUACCCCUAUCCCCAACAGAGGCAUGGAAACAGUCCCCCAAUCACAAAAAACCGGGGCCCUGGCAAAAAAUACCCAACAAGGGGCCAGGGCAACUUUCCUCCUAUCAAAACAGGGGCCGGGGUUAACGUACCAAAAUCACAACAGGGGCCGGGAACAAGUCCCCAAAAUCAAAACAGGGCCAGGGAACAACCCCCUUUUUCACAAAACAAGGAAAGGAUCCAUCAAAAGUACCCCUACACAAAAACAGAGGGCCAUGGCAACAAGUCCCAAAUCCAAAAGGGGCCCAUGGCAAAAAUUUACCCCUAUCACAACAAAAAAGGGGCCCAUGCAAAAAUUACCCCCUAUAAACAACCAGAGGCCAGCAAAAAGUACCCAAAUAACAACAGAGGCCAUGGCAACAAUACUCCUAUCCCAACAAGGCCAGGGUUAAAAAGUACUCCUAUCAAAACAAAGGCAUGGCAAAAAUACUCCUAUCAAAACAGGGGCCGGGCAACAAGUCCCCUUCCAAAAAACAAGGCCAUGGAAACCAAGUACCCCUACACAACAACAGGGGCCCGGCAAAGCCCCCCAAAUCAAAAAGGGCCGGGAAAAACCCCCCAAAUUCAAAACGGGGGCCCUGGCAAAAAGUACUCCUAUCACAAAAAGGGGCCUAGGCAAAAAUACCCAAACCCAAAACAACAUAGGCCAGGAAAACAAUUCCCCCCCUAUCACAAAAAGGGGCCCAGGGCCCAACUUACUUUUAUCACAAAAGGGGCCAAAGGGAAAACAGUCCCCCUAUCCCAACAAGGUCAGGGCCCCAAGUACCCCUAUCACAACAGGGCCAUGGCAACAAGGCAACAAGUAUCCAAUCACAAAGGGCCCAAUGACAAAAAGUACCCAAAGCACAACAAGGCCAUGCAACGCCCCCCUAUCACAAAAACAAGGCCUUUGGAACAAAAAUCCUUCAAAAAACAAGGCCAGGGCCCAACAAGUACUCCUAUCAAAACAGGGCCAGGGCCCAAGUACCCCUACCCAACAAGGCCAUGGCAACAAGUCCCCAAAACACAACAAAACCCUGGCAAAAAGGUACUCCUACCAACAGGGGCCAUGGAAAAAUACUCCUAUCACAAAAACCCGGGCCAUGGCAAAAAGGUACUCCUAUCCAACGGGGCCCAAAGGGCCAGGGCCAAAGUCCCCCCUAUCCAAAAACCAGAGGCCAUGGCCCCCGGGACCCAAUCAAAACAGGGCCCAUGGCACAAGAAACCCAAAUCACCCAGGGGCCAUGGCAAAAGUCCCCCUACCCCAACCCCAGAGGCCAUGAAAAAAUUUACCCAAAUCAAAAAGACCCAUGGAAAACAAGUUUCCUAUCACAAAAAACCCGGGGCCCCAUGUAAAAAAUACCCAAAUCACAACAGGGGCCAUGGAAACAAGUCCCCCUACCCCAAAACCAGGGGCCAAAUGGCAAAAAUUCCCUAUCCAACACAAGGCCUGGCAAAAAGUCCCAAAAUAAACCGGGCCAGGGCAAAAAAGUACUCCUAUCACAAAAAGGGCCAGGGUUAA